AUGUUCCAAAUUCGUGUGAGUAGCCCCUCAACGGUUGCUUUUGCAAUUGGUCGAAUCCAAUUCAACAGAAUGCCCAAAACAAGAUUCUCUGCCAUUCAAUCGAAAACAGAGAUACCCACUUCAGAGCCAAACCCAGGUUCUGAAGGUUCCAACGAUGUUUCAGCUCCCGAGCUUCGUGUUUUUACGAGGAGAAAGAGAUUAAAAAAGACAGAAGUUCAAAAAAUACAUCUUGAAGUAAAACCUCAUGCCCCAAAACUCGCUGAACCACCUGACAUUGAAGAAUUCGCAUAUACAAAAGUGAGUGCAUCUACAAAUUCAAUUGACACAGGUAAACCACCUGCUAACUGGGAGAAAGUCCUUGAAGGGAUCCGCAAAAUGAGGUCUUCUGAAGAUGCACCAGUAGACAGUAUGGGUUGUGAGAAAGCUGGAAGUGCUCUUCCUCCUAAGGAAAGAAGAUUUGCUGUCUUGGUGUCUUCUCUCUUGUCAAGCCAAACGAAGGAUCAUGUUAAUCAUGGUGCAAUUCAGCGUCUACUUCAAAAUAAUCUGCUCUCUGCUGAUUCCAUUGACAAAGCUGAUGAAGCAACCAUUAAAGGCUUGAUUUACCCGGUUGGGUUUUAUACCAGAAAGGCUACUAACUUAAAGAAAAUUGCAAAAAUUUGUCUCACGAAGUAUGAUGGAGAUAUACCUAGCUCAUUGGACGAACUACUCUCACUACCAGGAAUAGGUCCUAAAAUGGCUCAUUUGGUUAUGAAUGUGGGUUGGAACAAUGUCCAAGGAAUUUGUGUAGAUACUCAUGUGCACCGCAUUAGCAAUCGGCUUGGGUGGGUGUCACGGCCAGGCAGAAAACAGAAAACUUCAAAUCCUGAGGAAACGAGAGAGGCAUUGCAAUUGUGGCUUCCGAAGGAAGAAUGGGACCCCAUAAACCCUCUUUUGGUGGGAUUUGGACAGACAGUUUGCACUCCGCUCAGACCUCGUUGUGGCGUGUGCAGUGUAAACGAGUUUUGCCCAUCUGCAUUCAAAGAGGCCUCAAGCCCAUCAUCCAAGUCAAAGAAGUCUGGUUUGAGCAAGAAGCUUUGA